CUGUUUGAGAGUCAGUUUGCGGCCGUAACUGCUACUUUAUGGUCCACUUAGCGACUAAGAGGCUCCGACAAUUUGACCUGUCAGAUUUAUCCAGAAGAAGAGAUUUAAAGGCAUGCGAAUAAAUGUAGUCCGCUCAGGCACUUUUCUCGUCUUUGGUGCCAUUGUCGGCCUUGUGUUCAUCAAAGUGACACACCUACUCCUCGGACCUGUUCCUCCUAUAAACGGUGCUCGCAACAAAGCAUACAAGGCUGUAAACGAUCCAGAACUUCAGAUAGAUGUCUCUCAGUCACGCUUUCUCCGGAAACGUGACAUUCGUGUUCUGUGCUAUAUCAAUACAUACCCAGAAAAUUACAGAAAAAAAGCAUGGCACACGCACAACACCUGGGCGCGGAAAUGCACCACACAUUUUUAUACCAGCACUGUCGAGGAUCCUGUGAUACCGAUACUGAAGCUCAAUCUAACUCAGCCUGAAACACGCGAUCAUUUGUGGAGCAAAAUGCGUAACAUCCUAAAGCGAAUCUACCAGUAUGUGGACCAGUACGAUUUCUUUUUCAAAGCCGACGACGACACUUACGUCGUUCUGGAGAAUUUCCUUCUAGUCCUUGAACAGUAUUCACCAGAUGAUCCAUUUUUGAUGGGAUUCUGGUAUCCGUCCAAUACACAGGGUGGCUACUUCUCCGGUGGAGCAGGCUAUGUAGUCUCUCGUGCGGCGCUACGAAAAUUAGUGGAAGAAGCGAUCGACAAACACCGUUACUGUCCUUCGUUUGACGAAGACAAAGAAGACGUGAAAAUCAGUAGGUGUGGCCAAGCAGUCGGUGUUAAAUUAUAUCGACAUUUCGACCAAAACUCCAAGGAAGUGUUCAACUGGUUGUCUCUAGGAGAACUUCUGGGCCUCAGUGUAUUGAAUAUUCCACGUUGGCUGCCACAAAAAAUUAGUGUUGAAUUUCCCUUUGUGGAAAAAUCCAUGUGUAUCGUGAGUGAUGAGGCGGCCACGUUUCACUACAUCACACCAGGUAUGCAGUAUAUUAUGGAAUUCAUCCUCUACACUCUCCGACCGGUGGGGAUUGUUGAAAACCUCGAAUGUGGAUGAAGCCGAUUUGUCAACAGAGGAGAAUGCAAAUGCAUUUUUCAUUCAGACACACCUAGUUUUGUGAAAAUUUGAACUUUUGCAGCGAUUAUUUUUCAAGAAAUGUGCUUCCA